AUGCCUAUCAUGAGUCAAUAUCUCUGGAAACUCCUGGGCUACAAAGACGCGGAAAGCGAGACGCGACCCACCAAUACAUCACGCAGUUUACCAUCGUCGUGGUACACGUCCGACGCUAUCUAUCAGCUUGAAAGGCGGGCCAUCUUUUCGAAGAGAUGGAUUUUGGUUACACACAAGCACAGGAUCCCGACUGCUGGGGAUUACGUGCAAUUUGAAGAGGCAGGCUUCCGCUUCUUCCUGUCCCGAGAUCGCGAUGGCGAUAUCAAUGGCUUCCACAACGUCUGCCGACAUCGAGCAUUCCCCGUCGUUACCGAACCUGCAGGGCGAGUGAAGAUCUUGUCCUGCAAAUACCACGGGUGGUCAUACGGGUUGAAGGGUAAUCUAGCAAAAGCGCCUGGUUAUGAAGAGAUGGAGGGAUUCGACAAGACGCAGAAUGGGUUGUUCCCAAUGAGCGUUCAUAUUGAUCAAAAGGGAUUCAUAUGGGUAAACAUGGAUGUUGCAAGGGAGGUGGCAUGGGAAGAUGACUUCGAAGGAGUUGACACGCAGCCUCGGAUGGACAGUUUCAACUUUGAUGAUUACCGGUUCGACCAUACGUGGGAGAUGGGUGGCGAUUACAAUUGGAAGGCGUUAGCUGAUAAUUACAAUGAGUGCUAUCAUUGUCCGACAGCUCACCCGGAUGUAGCUGGUAUCACCGAUCUGAAACUAUACGCGGUCAGCACUCAAGGGGGGCAUAUUCAGCACUUCACCAAUGCGGAGAAUAUAGCCAUGGACGAGGGACAAAGGGUCCGCAGCACAUAUUAUUUCCCUAAUGCCUGCAUGACAGUGACACCUUUCUUCUUUUACAUGAUGAGGUGCGUGCCUACGUCAGCCACUCAUUGCUCCAUGGAGUACGAAGUCUAUCGACACAAGGACGCCUCCGACGCGGAGUUCGAAGCCAUUGAUUCCAUGUACAAGCGGGUACUCAACGAAGACAAGUGGCUAUGCCUCAACACGCAGAAGAACUACGCUGCAGGUGUCUACGUUAGUGGCGAGAUGCAUGCAAGAAUGGAGAAGGGGCCGUUGUUCGUCCAGAAAACUGUGCGCAACCUUGUUCGGCAGCAUCAUGAGCGCGAAAGGCAGCUGGGUCGCGAGAUAUGGCCUGCUCGGCAGGUUUUGCCAGAUUCGGCAACACGGGUACAUGAAGACGAGGCUUUCUUGUGCGAUCUGAAAUGUCAGACUGACAAGCUCGAGUGGUAG